UCAUUAGCAGCAAAAAUGUCUGGACGCGGUAAAACCGGUGGCAAGGCAAGAGCCAAGGCUAAGACCCGUUCUUCCCGUGCCGGGCUCCAGUUCCCAGUGGGUCGUGUCCACCGUCUGCUUCGUAAAGGUAACUAUGCUGAGCGUGUAGGUGCCGGCGCCCCAGUGUACCUGGCCGCCGUGCUGGAGUACCUCACUGCUGAGAUCCUGGAGUUGGCUGGAAACGCUGCCCGCGACAACAAGAAGACCAGGAUCAUCCCACGGCAUCUGCAGUUGGCCGUCCGCAAUGACGAGGAGCUCAACAAACUCCUUGGUGGUGUGACCAUCGCUCAGGGUGGUGUCCUGCCCAACAUCCAGGCUGUUCUUCUGCCUAAGAAGACUGAGAAACCCGCCAAGAAGUAAAUCCACUUCUGUGAACAGUCUGCUCCCCAAAGGCUCUUUUAAGAGCCACACACUUGUCUAGUAAAGAGAUACAUUUCUGACUUCGCCCACUACAACUUUCCUCUGAGUCAGUAUAUGCUGGUUUAAGUUCCUAUCUAGCUACGUGUAAGUUAAUGAGGCGGAACUGUCGGUAAAAAUAUUUGUUUCCGCGCUUACAUGUUUAAUCGUUACACCCAUGGAAAAUAAGCUCCGCUGUUUGCCACAGUAUUGUGAGCUCAGAAGCUAAUCGGUGCUAAAAGACAUCUAUAAUUCCCUCCUAAGGCAUGUAUGCAGCCAUGAAGGUGCAGUAUAUGUGUUUUGUAUUAUUUUCGUUUGUCUUGGUGUUAGUUGACAGUUUGCUGUACCAGCUAAGGCUAAUCAUUCAUUGUGUUGCACAUGUGAUGGUUGUUUUAUGGAAAUGUUUCUAUGUAACGUGACAAGUUUAUUUGCACUACUGUAAAGAAAAAGGCUUGAUGAUAAAAACGAAUUUGGCGACAUAUGUUUUUGUAUGUUUGUGUAUUAUGUGACCAGUCAUUUAUUGUAUUUUGUAA